AAGAAACUUGGCGAAUGACAUUGAGAGUAAUGAACGAACGUUUUAAAAGUCGUCUUGAUGAGAAAUACUUCGAAGGCGUACGCGACGAAAAGAUUUAUCACGGUUUGAAAGUGACGUCAUCGACAAUUUUAGACAAAGUGUUCACAAAUAUUUGCUUCUGCACUAAAACUCAAGAAUAUUUGGUACUUGAUAAAGGCGUACGAAUGAUGCGGUACUCCAUGCAAGGACAGCGUCUACAUCCAUCAUUUUCCUUAACUUCGAAUGGUUUUACUCAAAUGCUCUGGUGCGACAAUGUGAAUUGUUUUGCUUGCUAUGAUCCAUCCGGUGAGACCAUUAUGUUCUUAUCUACUACGUGCGUCAUCCUCAAAACGAUCGCAAAUGAGUUUCAAACAAAAGGAGUUUAUUAUGAGCCAAAAAGUAACGAGAUCACCGUUGUCGGCACAAACCAGAUAGUCAAGUAUUUACUGGAUUUCGAAAUGGAAGAAUUGGAACCAAUAAAACCCUUGAAAUACAACGACUCUGAAUUUGGAGCAACUUGGCAAUUAGAAUGCACUCAUAUGAUUCUGGAAGGGGCAGUUGAAUCUCAACUAGUGGCUUCUUAUUCGACGACGCUGUACUUGUUUCCACUUGAGCUUAACGACGAUGAAGCAGAUGUGAUUACAGGCAUCGAAUUUUUAGAAAAACGUACAAAUGCAUCAAAAGCGCCUAUAACUGUCAUUUAUUUUUAUGAAUCUAGUUCGUGGAUAAUUAUAGGAGAUCAUCAAGGCAAUGUAAGUGCCUGGACCCUCAAACUGGAGUGCAUAAUAUCGUCCAACGGGAUACACAACAAGCCGGUCUUUGGCAUCAUCUCACACCCGAGCAUCUGCGGCUUCAUCACGUACACGCAAGGCAACGGCUCCGGCAACGGCAAGAUGCAGGUCUGGAGUUGUAAUUUACGCGAGCAGCUCGAGUCCUUCGAGAGCCUUGGCAUUAUUAGCGCCAUUGUAGCGAAUAAUCAAACAGCUUCCGUCAUCGUCCUCGGCUCCAAGAUAACGUUCCUCACCAUGCAUCAGAUAUAUUGCUUCUACGCACCCCUCACAUGCUCAGCGGUAAAUUUAUUUACAACAAAUACUCCAAUGUACUCAACGAAAAUAGUAGCAACCUGUGCUGAUAAUAGUGUGCGACUAUUUGCUUCUAACGCAAAUCAAAUAAACGUCCAAAUUUUAUCGCAACAAUCAUUAAAUGCUACAUCAGCAACUUACAGUGAAAUGAAAAAUACACUGUUUACGGUUAUUUCAAAAAGUGGUGACAUUCUUGUUAGCGACACUAGCGUUUAUCCCAUGAAUUUUAAGCAUGUAAUUAUAAAUGAUGGAUCUCAAAUAACAUGUAUGACAAUGUUUGAGUAUUUUGAUGAAAUUCGUUACAGUGACGGUCGUCCCAGAAAGCCGCGUCUUUUUCAUCCAAUUGGUAUAUUAAUAAUAGCGGGGACGGAGGACGGAGAUAUUAUUGUCAUAGACAACGAUACUGGCAAAUCUAAAAGCACUUACUCAGCUCAUAAAGGAUCUGUGGCGAAAUUAACGGCAUCGUCGAGAUGGAAUCAAGUAAUUUCACUGGGAGUCGAUAGAUGCAUUAAAGUUUGGCGCGUUCUCGCCGACUUGCCUAUAUGUUUGAUUAUUUAUUAUUCGCUUUAUUUUAUUACGCCGAUAACUCAAGUGACAAGUAUCGGAGAUGUAUUAUGUAUGGUAAACAGCUCAAAACACAGUAAAAGACAUCAACUUAUUAUGGAAAAUAUGUCACAAAGAGUUCACUUGGAGCACGAGAGUAUUCAAGAUCAUACGGCACUUAUCACAAGUAUUAUAACUAAUGAAAUACUGGAAAUUUGUGCAACAUCGUCUUCAGAUAAUACAAUUAGACUUUGGGAUCGAGAAAAUUGUCUUCUUAAAAUUUUAAACAUGAAUAUUUGUAUUUGGAACAUGACAUUUUCAUCCGCUAGAGGUGAUAUAGUUUUCGGUGCUGGACGACAUCUUUAUAAAAUUCCAUAUGAAAAUUAUUUAUCACCAAAAUAUCGCAUGAAAAUAAUUACAAAUGAAAUUGCUAACGAAGAAGAUGAAUUUAUUGCAUCCAAAUGCUUGCAAAAUAAUAAUUCUGAUGAUCAAAAUGCAAUGUUACAUCCUGUUAGUAGUAUGCCUUUGGGGUGUAUUGAUAUAAGAAAUACGGAUAUUUUAAGCGUGGAUGUUUUAAUUUUGAGACAAAUCUGUGCAAUACUUAAUUAUCGAGAUAAAGAAAUAAUGAAAAUAAAGAAUAAUUAUAUGAAACCGAAGAACGUGGUGUUAAGUAAAGGUGUUCUGAAUACAGAAGAUUGGGAAAAGUAUGUACAAAAUUUGUUAAACAGUAUGUCACGCCAUUCACCGGAAAAACCACCGUACAAUUUUCUAAAUUACUAUAAAGAAAAGUCGAAAGUAAAAAAAUCUUUCAAUGAACGUGGCGUUUUUCAUAUGCUGUUUGGAUACGAUAUUGAUAAUCUCGAUAGCAAUGAAAAUAUAACAGAUUUAAUAAAAAAUUCAAGACUUCCAAUUACUGGCUUUUUACCAAAUUCAGUUCUAUAUAUGCCUUAUAAAGAGAUAAUUAAACCUAAAAUUGUUGUAGAAAAGAAGGCUAAAAGAAAAUUCGUAAAAUAUGAAUAUCCUCUUAAGUUUUAUCCACAAGAGCCUAAGACUUCCGAGGGACAAAUAUCUCUUAAUCUUUCGCAAAUUUUGUUAACCGACACUGUAGAAGGUGGAGAAAACGCAGCAUAA